AUGAGUUCGCCCCCGAAGAACAAGAGGCCCAUGGAGGCCGACCCGACCAGCAGCAGAGAGGAGGAAGUCCAAGCGAACAAGAGGAAUCCGAGGAGGGAGGAGGAGCCUGCACUGCUCCCCAUGCCCGCCGGUAGCGCUGGUUUCUUCAUUCAUCCCAAGUGGCUCAACGCCAAGAUAGAGAGAGACAGACUUGAAGCGGAAUUAGGUCUGACCCCCCCUGUGGAAGCACAAAUUCCUACGCUCGAGGACUUUGAACCUCCCACUACUUUUCACACGGAGCGGCUUCUCCACGUCCGUGAAUCUGGAAGCAAGGCGGUGCUCACGGCUGCUAGGUCUCUUCUUGGGGUUUCAUCGUCUGUCGGUGGCAAACCUCUAAAACGGUGCUCUGGUUUUUGGAUUGAUUGGGAUGAGGAGAGCAAAACCCGUACUGCUUUGACAACGGCACAUCUGAUUCGCACAAAGACAUCUCCUACCAACAACAUCUGGUCAGGUGGAGAAGAGUAUGCUUCCCAUGCUAAUGUUACUGUUCAUUUGCUAGACGGCACCAGUACAGAGGGCCAGUUGCUGUACCACCAGCCACAUUACGAUGUUGCUUUUGUGAGGGUUGUCCAAACGAUGAGGAGGAGGUAUAAGUACAUCCCCCGGCCUCAACUGGGGAUGACGUUUAAGGCCAUCAAGCUUCUUGAGCCUGCUCAUGUCGACAAGAUAUGGCGUAUGUGUAACAUUGAUGACGGUCUUGUCGUUCAAGAGGUGUCAAAAGGAUCCCAUGCUGAGAAAUUUGGAAUCCAGAUAGGUGAUAUUAUUGAACGCUGUAAUGGAGAAUGCGUUUCUACUACAGUUGAGUUGGAAAAUAUGUUGAUGAGCAUAUGCAAGUGCUCCUCAGACGAUUUAAAUGGCCUUAAUGUUGAAGUUAAUGUUUCUAUUUUAAGUUCUAAACUACCGGUAGUAUGUAGACUUGGAAGCUUGUCGAUAUCCACUCAGUAA